AUGGAAGAUUCGGCAGCUCCGGACGACGACGCUACCAUAGCCAGUGCCAUGGGAAUCGAAAAGCCAAGUAGGGCUACCCCUACUACUGGCCCUAGUGCAUACGCUGAGGAUACCGUUGCCCAUCGUACAGCUGCCGCCACCGGUACUUUGGGCCCUAACGGAAGUACCAGUUAUGUUUGCGAAAGCAGCGCUGCCGUCACUAAUACCGCCGUCGGUGAAUAUUCCGCUGCUACGCCCGUCACCACAAAUACUAAUACUACUGCCGUCGCUAAUAUUACUGCCGCUAAGCCUUCUGCCGCUUCCGGCGCCACCAUUAAUUCUGCCGUCACUCCACACGCUGCCGCCGCCUUACACUCUGCCGCCACUAAUUCUGCCGUCGCCUUACACUCUGCCGCCACUAAUACUGCCGUCGUUGAAAUUCCCGCCAACGCCGAAAGAUCUUGUGCCGCAAAUAUUCGUGCCAAAACCGCUGUCGCCGCCAUUAACAGCUCCUUGGGUUAUGAAAGCUCUGCUGCUGCAUGCAUCCCCGACGGCUUCAAUAGUUUAGCCAGCGACACUAGCUCCGCUGCUUUGCACAAUAUUACUGGCAAUGCCUUGGAUCAACAGCUUAGGGAACUAAGGAAGAAACGCGAGCUGUUGGAGCUACAAAAACAAAUUUAUGAGUUGGAAAACUCGAUUGUCACUGGAUGA